AAAGGUGCUGGAGCUGUUGGAGGGACGCCAGGAGGUGGCAACUACCAGGGGGUGUGAGGGGCUGACCUGGGAUGGAAUCUUGCCACCCGGACUCAGGAAGAAAAUCCUGAGGUGGCGACCUGCAGACUGGGCUGGGAGAUGGAGAGCCCGCUCACGCCCACCCGACCGCCUACCACCAGUGUUCCCGGAUGCAUGGGCUCCAGCGCCUGCCCUUUCGCCAUUUCCUCCCAACUGGCAUUAAAUCCUGGUGUGGUAGAUAUCAGUGAUUAAGAGUCUAGGCAGCCACGUGUUCUAUUGCCGCCAGUCCGCAGGAAACGCAAGUGAUCGUUUUGCUGCGUUAACUCUAUGGGCGCCCAAAUCUUAGGAAUCCAUUCCACGCCACCCCGAAAACAGCGCUUGACCCUUCUGGACUGCCACGCAGGAGGCGAUCAAUGUUUUUCUUUCUUUAUUUUUUUAAGAGACAAGGUCUCGCCCUGUCACCUAGGCUGGAGCACAAUGAGGCUCACUACAGCCUGGAACUCCCGGACGCAAGUGAUCCUCCUCAGCCUCCGGAGUAGCUGAGACCCCAGGCGUGCGCCACCAUGCGUGGCAUCAAUCAAUGUCUUUCAAAAUAAAGGCUGUUAAACGUAGUAUAGGAAAGAAGCUUUUUAAUGGUCUCUUUCGCUUCCAGGUCAUCCCCGGGGCAACGGCCGCCGCUCUAAUUCUUGUCAGAACCUCCAGGCCAGUUUCAGCAACGUGCAGGCAGAAGCUGGCGCCUCGGUGGGAUGCGAGGGCGUGUGGAGCGCGGGGAGGAGAGCCCCACAGGCCUUUCCUGGGCACCCGCGGUGGAUGGGAAGGCUCCUUCCGGCGCCUUUCAGGGAAGUUGUUUGGCUGAGGGAAGGUGGUCCGUCACGUGAAUGUUUAAAAGUUGUUACCUUGGAGAAGAAAUGGAGGAAAGGAUUGGCUUUCGGAGGUUGUUAAUCCAGCUAAUGGAGAAGGAUAGAUGCACGCUACUUGGUUUAGAAAAAAAACAAAAAUGAGCAAACGAGACGCCCCUUCCGUUUUAUGAUAACUAAGCUGCAGGGAAAUAAAUCGGCUGGCCCUACUGCAAUCUACUGCACUCGAGUGACAAGUGAGCCUGCUUCUAUCAAUUACUGAAGCUAUAAGGAAAUUUUUUAAAAAUUAAACUUCAACACAAUGAGGUGUUGCCACAUCUGCAAACUUCCUGGGAGAGUAAUGGGGAUUCGAGUGCUUCGAUUAUCUUUGGUGGUCAUCCUCGUAUUAUUACUGGUAGCUGGUGCUUUGACUGCCUUACUUCCCAGUGUUAAAGAAGACAAGAUGCUCAUGUUGCGUAGGGAAAUAAAAUCCCAGGGCAAGUCCACCAUGGACUCCUUUACUCUCAUAAUGCAGACGUACAACAGAACAGAUCUCUUAUUGAAACUUUUAAAUCAUUAUCAGGCUGUACCAAAUCUGCACAAAGUGAUUGUGGUAUGGAACAAUAUUGGAGAGAAGGCACCAGAUGAAUUAUGGAAUUCUCUAGGGCCCCACCCUAUCCCUGUGAUCUUCAAACAACAGACAGCAAACAGGAUGAGAAAUCGACUCCAGGUCUUUCCUGAACUGGAAACCAUUGCAGUGUUGAUGGUAGAUGAUGACACACUCAUCAGCACCCCAGACCUUGUUUUUGCUUUCUCAGUUUGGCAGCAAUUUCCUGAUCAAAUUGUAGGAUUUGUUCCUAGAAAGCACGUCUCUACUUCAUCAGGUAUCUACAGUUAUGGAAGUUUUGAAAUGCAAGCACCAGGGUCUGGAAAUGGUGACCAGUACUCUAUGGUGCUGAUUGGAGCCUCAUUCUUCAAUAGCAAAUAUCUUGAAUUAUUUCAGAGGCAACCUGCAGCUGUCCAUGCUUUGAUAGAUGAUACUCAAAACUGUGAUGAUAUUGCCAUGAAUUUUAUCAUUGCCAAGCAUAUUGGCAAGACUUCAGGGAUAUUUGUGAAGCCUGUAAACAUGGACAAUUUGGAAAAAGAAACCAACAGUGGCUAUUCUGGAAUGUGGCAUCGAGCUGAGCACGCUCUGCAGAGGUCUUAUUGUAUAAAUAAGCUUGUUAAUAUCUAUGAUAGCAUGCCCUUAAAAUACUCCAACAUUAUGAUUUCCCAGUUUGGUUUUCCAUAUGCCAACUACAAAAGAAAAAUAUAAAAAUAAAACAAACAAAAACAAACCUGAAAACUGCUUGGCAUUUGAGUAGCUUCUCCAUGCUAUGUAUUUUUUUAAGCAACAUCAUGAAUUUUAUCUACUCCAGAAGUCUCUACAAUAGAAAAAAAAGUGCAGUGCUUCUAGGAUAUAAAAUUCACAUUACUUUUGAAAGCCAAGAAGUUGGUCUCAUCCAGUUAGGUCUUCUUAUGAAGAGUUUUCAUCCAGGGAUAUAACUCCUUGGUCAGUGAUUUUACUGUUUACAUCCUGAGACUGUUCUACAGUUCUUUGACUCCUGGCAUUUGCCUUAAGGACCUAUAGCAAGCUGUUUCUAGGAUCAGAAACUCAAGAGAGGCAUUUCUCUGCUUUUUCACUAAAGGUCAAUUGUUUUAAUUUGAAACCUGAAAUGCCUCUUUAGCAAAAACCUGUGGUAUGGGGUAAAGCCAUGUAAGAAGAGAAUAGUCUCAGUCACAUAUGAAGAGGAAAAUUUGCAGCUGCCAGUGCUUUCCUUGUGGCCAACCAGCUCUUCCAGGACGAACUCAGUCCAGCAUGGUUUUGAUGUAACCAUCCAUGCUUUUAUUUUUGUUAAGUCUUUUGUGACUGGGACAGUUAAUUUUAGUAGCUGAAGAACAUCUAGUUGUUCGCUUGAUUUUUGUGAACAUUUACUGCAUGGAUCACAAAACAAUAUACCCUGUAUUUCUUAUACACCACUUAUAUGCAGCAAGGAGUAAAUGUGUUACUAGAUUCGGGUAGUGCAUUUUGUCACUGAAUCUGACCUUGAGAAUGUACAUUAAUUCUUAUAUUUUGCAUAAUGUAUGUGUUGUUUAAGAAAUGUAUAAAAAACCUGAAAAAAAUGAGUAAGAACUGGCAGAAGUUAAAACCCUUUGUAUCAAAAGAUCUUUAUUGGUAGAGCACUGGUUAUCUUCUGGAUACUAAAAAGUUGUAUUACAAAGCCAAACACUUGCAUUCACAACUUUGAAAAAAAGAAGAUCCAAGGUACUAUUCAUAAUGAUGAAAUUUCAACUACAUACAAGGAGGAGAAAAUAAGAACCCAGUCAUAACAGAGGAAUUCUAUAGGAGUCUGCAUCAAUUCAUUGUUAAGGUUGCCUACUCUCUGUUAUGUGAAUUAGCGUCUGUGUUUCACCCAUUGUCUGUGUUUAGUCCUUGUUCACCACUAGGGCAAGGAAUUCUUAACUAGGCCUCUGUUUACCACCUUCUCUUUCUCCUCCUUUCCCUCUUAUUCCUCCUUCUCCUCUUCCUUCUUAUAUAAUGCUAGUAUAGUCUCAAAAUUGCAAAGCUGUGAGAAUAUUAAAAUAAUCAUGGCUAAUGUUCCAAUAAUGAGGUCUUCGUGCAUUUAGUUCCACAUAUGAUGGUUUUUUUUUUUACAUUAAAGAGUAUAUGUGUCAAUGCAGUCAGAUUGUAAAAAACAAAAACAAAGAAACUAAGAAUCUUACUAAAAAUCGAUAAUGUCAGUUAUCUGUUUGGUCCAAUAUUGGUAGUACUUCUUUGCCUCUUAUGAUUCCUCUAGCAGAUAAAUAAAAGAAACUUUUGCCA